AUGCUACAUCAGCGAACCCCACGUAUAAUUCAAUUUGCAAGGUAUAUUCAAACAAGAGGCAAGAAAACUGUUUUGCCAUCAGCUAAAGAAUUAAAACAAUCUAUAAGUGCAAAAAAAAUCAACAAAAAGAAAAAUAUAGAGAAUAAAGAGCCCUCUUCUUUUCAUUAUGGCAAGUAUGGUAGACUAUGUGAUUCCUCUAAUAAACCAAAGGUUUUAGAUAAAAUUACAUCCUUUAGGGAACUAAAAAUUCUACCCGAAAUUAGAAAUUCUAUUAUCGAAAUGAUUCAAAAAGAUUCUAUAGUAGAUCUACCACAUAGUGAAAUAAACCCUUCGCCAAUACAAGUAGAAGCAAUCUUUCAGAUUAUGAAGAAAAUCGAUAAUUUAAACCAAUUAAACGUUUUCACUAUUGCUGCUGAAACCGGCUCUGGUAAAACUAUGGCCUAUUUAAUCCCAUUGUUGAACUACUUGAGGGCAAACAUGUUAGAAAACGAGAAAAAUAAAUCAGCCAUUAGAAGUGUGAUUUUAUUACCUACUCAUGAAUUGGUCAACCAAGUUUACCAGACAUUAACUACUCUAUCCUCAGAUUUAGGUUUAAAUGUUUCCAAAUGGGAUGCCACAGUAUCUUACAAUCAAUUGAUCGAGAAUAUUAAAACACGUAUUGAUAUUUUGGUCACAAUCCCGUCUAAAAUUAAUGAUACUUUAUACAGUAUUCAAAAAAUUAAUAGACCAGAACAUUUAUUAAACAAGGUAGAAUUUGCAGUUAUUGAUGAGGCUGAUACUUUGAUGGAUAAAUCCUUUAAAGAAACCACAAUUAAAACAUUGAAAAAAUUCCCCAAUUUACGCAACUUGAUAUUUUGCAGUGCCACCAUCCCAACAGAGUUUCAAAAAACAUUAAGUUCUAUGUUUAUCGGAAACAAUACAAUCAUUACAACGCCCAAACUACAUAAAUUGCCCUCAAAACUAAAGUUUCAUGUUGUUGAUGCUACAUUGAAUCCAUUCAAGGGGAACAAAAUUAAAGUACUUCAGCAGAUUUUAUAUGCUAUUUCCAAAGAUGGUUCAGAACCUAAUGUCACUGAAAAAAGAUGUAUUGUUUUUGUUAAUGAUAAAGAUUCUGUGAAGUACCUUGUGGACACACUAUCCAGCUUAGAUUACAAAAUUGUCGGGUUAACUGGCCAAGACACCGUUGAAGAGAGGUUUAAAAAAAUACAACCUUUCUUAUCGCCCUCUGUUAUUGUUACUGGAGGUAUAUUAGAAUCAUCUGUGGAUCGCUUAAAGGUAAAAUCGCGUGAACAUGGGUUUAAGCCAGAAUCUGAAGAAGCUCUUAAAGUUGGCGGAAAUGAACUUGUCAAAAUACCUAAUUCCAAUAUAGAAAUACCAAAACAACUUAAUGCCAAAAAAAGACCUGUUAUAACAGACAAAAUAAGUAUAUUAGUCUGUACGGAUUUAAUGGCGAGAGGUAUGAAUUUUAAAGGAGUACGUAAUGUCAUUCUUUAUGAUGUCCCCAACAGUGCAAUUGAUUUAGUUCAUAGAUGUGGGAGAACAGCAAGAAUGAGGCAAGGCGGUAGGGUGUUUAUGAUUACCGACAAGUCUACUAAAUCUUGGGCAAAGGCAAUUCCUAAAAUUAUAAAAAAAAAUAUGAGUAUAUCAUAG